UCUGCCGUUGUUUCCUGCUCGCCGCUCCGGGCCGUCCCGACCCUUCCUUCCGUGGAAGGGAGGGCGCGGUGCUGUCAGUGCCGCCGCCGCGUUUUGCCAUCUUAAAGCGCUCUUCUCCGCCAGGCUGUGUCCACCUAGCGCUCCAGAGACUUUGCUGAGAUGAAGUGGCUGCUUUUUGAAUAGUGCCUGAUGAUUUUUUUGGAGAACCUCAAGUAUGACAUCAAAGAAGUGGGGAUUCAAGUCUGGUGAUUCCAAAUCUGAAUCAGAAUUGCAGGUGUACAAGAAAGAAAAUGCAGCUCUGAAAAAGUCUUUGGAAGAAAUCAUUAAGGAGAAAAGCAAAAUGACACCCGAAGAAAGGAAGAGGCUUCUGGAGAAAAUACUUGCCCUUGAAACAGAAACAGAAGAAUAUAAAAAUAAACUUGGAAAGAAAGAUCAAGAAAUCCAGGUCCUGAAAGAUGAGUUAAGGAGUAGAAGCAAAAGUACAGAUGCUGCUUCUCUGCGGGGGCAGCUAGAAGAGAAAACAAAAGAAGUGGCUAAGCGGGAACAGCUACUAAAUUCACUCUCCGAAGAGGUAGAAUGGCAGAAAAAUCACAUAUCUGCAGUUUCUGCAAGAUGUACAGAUCUUGAAAGCAGAGCCAGUAAUGUCCAGAUCGCCCAGGAAAAAGCUGUGCACUGUGCUGGAACGCCAGUCGACAUAAAUGAAAUUGAAAUUCAACUGAAAGACGCUUUGGAGAAAAACCAGCAGUGGAUAAUAUAUGACCAGCAACGGGAGGCUUAUGUUCAGAGUCUCUUAGCAAGGAUUUUUGAUCUGGAACAGCAGCUAAAAACUGUCAUCCAAGAGCAAGCAAAGGAAGCUAGGGCAGAAGGAGACAAGCAGAGAUAUUAUGAACAGAUGUUGGCCACAGCAGAAAGGAAUCUGGAAGCAGAAAGGCAAAUUGUCUCCCAGCUACAUGCUGACCGUAAUGAAUUGCAAAGGAAGUAUGAUGAAAUUAAGCAAGAGGCAAUAAAUGCAGACGGUCUUCUGAAGCUGCAGAAGCAAACUGAUAUUAAGGCUCUUCAGGAUGAAAACCACCUCAAAGGGCAGCUCUUGCAAAGAGUUACACAUGAGCAUGAAAUGACCAGGAAAAAGCUGGAUGAAGAAAGGAAGCGUGCACAAGCCUUCUCAGUUCAGGUUGAAGUGCUCCACAAGUCUUUGAUAAAACAGCAGGAAGAACAGUCAAGAAUAGCAGCUUUGGAACAACAGAUACAGUCAUGCACAUCAGACUUUGAGAAUGAAAAACUAGAUCGCCAGAACCUGCAAAUCCAGUUGAACAAAGUUCUUAAGGAACUACGGAAGGCAAGAGACCAAAUUACUCGUCUUGAGCCCUCAUUUUUUUUCCAGAAGCUUCCAGAACGUGGUGGAUGUUUAGAAGUCUUAGACAACUUCCACGCUGCUUUUGAAGACAAGUUGAUGAUACAAGACAAACGUUCUUUACCAAAACGUAUAAGCCUUCUGGAUGAAAGUUUCCUGGAGUGUCCAAAAUGUAAAACCCAAUAUCCUACAAGCCAGCAUAGGGAAUUAUUAGCUCACAUUGAUUUCUGUACAGUAUAAGUCCUAGAGUAGACCUGUAGCUCUGUCUCUAUACACCCAUGCAAUUUAACGGAAAAUAAUAGCUUUUUAAAAACAACUCAUGAAGAUGCUAAAGAACUACAGUUCAUAUUUCAACCAAACAUUUGUGCUGUAAUUUAAUGUUUAUGAAGGACCAGGAAGUAAACAGCUUUGUGCAUGGCAUCUUCAGUUCUGAACUACUGUCCCAAAUUCAGCACAUCGGGCCGUGUCUUGACUAUUGCUUCCAUUUUGUUUAAGAUAUGCUCUCAUUUGCACUUGUUAUCCCUGAGCUGAAAGCUUAGGGAUAUAACUUAUCAGGGAACCUGUAUAAGGAAAUGCUUUU